CACAGAAGAUAAUCAAGGCGGCGUGGGCGUCCGGUUGGUGGCACGUGUAGGAAAGAGAACAGCACAUUGGUUUUUAAUCUAAAUUUCACAAUUUAUUUAUUAUUAAAAAAAAAAAUAACAACAAUUCCCUGGAAUUUGGUUAAGAAGAUACACAAAUAGUAAACAUGGGCAAAGGGGAAGGACGUGAUCAAUAUGAGUUGGCUGCAACAUCAGAGCAGGGUGGAAAAAAGGACAAGAGGGGGAAGAAGGGGAAGAAGGAGAAGGAUAGAGAUCUAGAUGAGCUGAAGAAAGAAGUAGAUUUGGAUGACCAUAAACUCACUUUGGAUGAACUGCAUCAGAAGUAUGGUACAGACCUCAGUCGGGGUUUAACAGUUGCCCGUGCUGCAGAGAUCCUGCUUCGUGAUGGUCCCAAUUGCCUGACUCCUCCCCCUACAACCCCAGAAUGGGUGAAGUUCUGCAAGCAGAUGUUUGGAGGCUUCUCCAUGUUGCUGUGGACAGGAGCCGUUCUCUGUUUUUUGGCAUACGGAAUUCAGGCUGCUUUGGAUGAUGAACCUGUCGCUGAUAAUUUGUAUCUGGGUGUUGUGCUUGCUGCUGUUGUCAUCAUCACUGGCUGUUUCUCUUACUACCAAGAAGCCAAGAGUUCUAAGAUCAUGGAAUCCUUUAAGAACAUGGUUCCUCAGCAAGCCCUAGUUAUCCGUGAUGGUGAGAAGAACAGUAUUAAUGCUGAGGAAGUUGUGGUUGGAGACCUAGUGGAAGUGAAGGGAGGAGACAGGAUCCCAGCUGACUUGAGAAUCAUCUCUGCUAAUGGCUGCAAGGUUGAUAAUUCUUCCCUGACUGGUGAAUCUGAGCCUCAGACCAGGACACCUGACUUCUCCAAUGAAAAUCCACUUGAGACGAGGAACAUUGUCUUCUUCUCUACAAACUGUGUAGAAGGUACUGCUCGUGGUAUUGUCAUUAACACUGGUGACCACACUGUGAUGGGACGCAUUGCCACUCUAGCCUCUGGCUUGGAGGUUGGCCAGACUCCCAUCUCCAGAGAGAUUGAACACUUCAUCCAUAUCAUCACUGGAGUGGCGGUCUUCCUCGGUAUUUCCUUCUUCAUCCUCUCCCUGAUCCUUGGAUACAGCUGGCUGGAGGCUGUCAUCUUCCUUAUUGGAAUUAUUGUUGCCAACGUGCCAGAAGGUCUUCUGGCUACUGUCACGGUCUGCCUCACACUCACAGCUAAGCGAAUGGCUCGUAAGAAUUGCCUGGUAAAGAACCUGGAAGCUGUAGAAACUCUGGGAUCCACCUCCACCAUCUGCUCUGAUAAGACUGGCACCCUGACACAAAACAGAAUGACUGUUGCUCACAUGUGGUUUGACAACCAGAUCCACGAAGCAGACACCACUGAGAACCAGAGUGGUGCUACCUUUGAUAAGAGCUCUUCCACUUGGGUUGCCCUUGCUCGAGUUGCAGGACUCUGCAACCGGGCUGUAUUCCAGGCUGCACAGGAGUCUGUACCAAUUCUUAAGAGAGAAGUCGCUGGUGAUGCUUCAGAAUCUGCCCUGCUGAAAUGUAUUGAGCUGUGCUGUGGGUCAGUGAAGGCCAUGAGAGACAAGAACCCCAAAAUUGAAGAGAUCCCCUUCAACUCAACCAACAAGUACCAGCUCUCCAUCCACCGGAAUGCAAACCCCAGUGAAUCUCGCUACCUGCUGGUGAUGAAGGGUGCCCCAGAAAGGAUUCUUGAUCGCUGCGCCACCAUCUUGAUUCAAGGCAAAGAGCAGCCACUAGAUGAUGAGAUGAAGGAUGCUUUCCAAAAUGCUUACCUUGAGCUGGGAGGACUGGGAGAGAGAGUUCUUGGAUUCUGUCAUAUGCCGCUUCCUGACGACCAGUUUCCUGAAGGAUUCAAGUUUGAUGUAGACGAGUUGAACUUCCCUACUGAGAAGCUGUGCUUUGUUGGUCUGAUGGCCAUGAUCGAUCCUCCUCGUGCUGCAGUACCCGAUGCUGUUGGCAAGUGCAGAAGCGCUGGCAUCAAGGUUAUUAUGGUUACUGGUGACCACCCUAUUACAGCCAAGGCCAUUGCAAAGGGUGUGGGAAUCAUCUCUGAAGGAAAUGAAACUGUUGAGGAUAUUGCAGCUCGCUUGAACAUUCCAAUCGGAGAAGUCAACCCUAGAGAUGCCAAGGCCUGUGUAAUUCAUGGUGGUGACCUGAAGGAACUGACUAGUGACCAGCUGGAUGACCUGCUGAAGCACCACACUGAGAUAGUGUUUGCUAGGACCUCUCCUCAACAGAAACUCAUCAUUGUGGAGGGAUGUCAACGACAGGGUGCUAUUGUAGCUGUGACUGGUGAUGGCGUGAAUGAUUCCCCUGCCCUGAAGAAAGCAGAUAUUGGUGUUGCUAUGGGUAUUUCUGGAUCUGAUGUCUCCAAACAGGCUGCGGACAUGAUCCUUCUGGAUGAUAACUUUGCCUCCAUUGUGACUGGUGUAGAGGAAGGUCGUCUGAUCUUUGAUAACCUGAAGAAGUCAAUUGCUUACACCCUGACAAGUAACAUCCCUGAAAUCACACCAUUCCUGUUCUUCAUUAUGGCCAAUAUCCCUCUGCCUCUGGGAACCGUUACCAUCCUGUGUAUUGACUUGGGUACUGACAUGGUUCCUGCUAUCUCCCUGGCUUAUGAAGCAGCAGAAAGUGACAUCAUGAAGAGACAGCCACGAAACCCCAAAACAGACAAGCUUGUGAAUGAAAGGCUGAUCAGUAUGGCCUAUGGACAAAUUGGUAUGAUCCAGGCUCUGGGAGGAUUCUUUGCAUAUUUUGUCAUUCUUGCUGAGAAUGGUUUCCUGCCUAUGAGACUGCUGGGAAUCCGUAUUGACUGGGAUGACAGAAACCUCAAUGAUUUGGAAGACAGCUAUGGACAGCAGUGGACCUUUGAACAGAGAAAGAUUGUCGAGUUUACCUGCCACACUGCUUUCUUCGUCAGUAUUGUGGUUGUGCAGUGGGCUGAUUUGAUCAUCUGUAAAACUAGAAGAAACUCUGUCUUCCAGCAGGGAAUGAAGAACAAAAUUCUUAUCUUUGGGCUGUUUGAGGAAACCGCUUUGGCUGCCUUCUUGUCUUACUGCCCAGGAAUGGAUGUGGCUCUCAGAAUGUACCCUCUGAAACCAACCUGGUGGUUCUGUGCCUUCCCCUACUCUCUCCUUAUCUUUGUUUAUGAUGAAAUCAGAAAGCUUAUCAUCCGUCGCAGCCCAGGAGGUUGGGUGGAAAAGGAGACCUACUACUAAUCUAUCGCUCUACAUCACAUCAUUUCACUCGUGUCCUUUAGCCUCCAAUCUUUGGAUAUGUGUUUUUAUAUAGAAUGCUUGAAACUGCUGAAAGAUACAGAACCAAGACGUUUUUAUGUGCCUUUGUUUUGUAGUGCAAAUUUUAUAUGGUUUUUAACGGAUGUGCAAUUUAAAAUAAACUUUCAGUGAAGUCA